UCUGCUUCAAUGAAUUUGCUUGAUUCCUUUCCUCUUGUCUCUCUCUCUUUUUUUUUUUUAUUUCUUUUUCUUUUUUCUUUCGUUUUUGUAUGUAUAUAUGAUAAGGUAGAAAAUCAAUAGUAUUCAUUUUAUAAUAUAUUCUUCUUCUCCUUCAUCAAGACAACUUUGGAUGGAUCUGUGUAUCACACCACUAUAAUAAAAAACAUAAAGACAUUAUUCUUCCAUCAAGCAAUCGAUCUACAUCAGCAAAGCAGCAACAAAAAUAACAUCAGCGAGGAAUAUAUGAGAACAUUGAUUGGAGUGGUGAUACUUGCUUUUUGGUUAGGUUACCUCUCAGCAACCUGUGGAGUAUUUGAUUUAUUAGUACAAGUGAAACAGGUAUUGUAUAUAUUUUGUACUAUUGGUGCCAUAUACCUUAUGAUAUUGAUUCCUCUUGAACGAAUAGCCGAAGCCGAAGCGUGCAAAAAUCCCAAAUCCACUUUUAGAACAUCAGCUCAAGAACACUUGCAACGUCGUGGUAGUUUUUAGAUAAAAUUAUGAUAGUUUCUUUAUUGUAUUUAUAAUAGAAUGAAUCGAAAAUGAAACAAAAAUAAAAAAUCAAAUAAAAUGAAAAAUACUA